AUGCAUCACUCGUGGUUCUUAGCUGAUCCCAGUGUAGCACGAGCAUCUUCCCCUCGGCCAGUCAAUAUCCGAGCAAGAUCAUCGACCAUCGUUGGGACAGGCUCAGUACCAGCAGGAAGUACACAACCUGGACCACCAUCCAUUGACGUCUCGGCAUCAUCUUUCCGAAUAACCACUAAUCCCUUUCCUGGACCUAGUGCGGCGACUCAGGCAUUAACAGAUCAACUGGGUACCAGUGGAAGCAGUAGUAGUAGAAGACCAAGAUUACAAGGUGUAGGAGCUGGAGCUGGAAAUGGACACGGUCAUGGGCACAAUAGGAUAUCAUCAUGGCCCAGUCCACCUCAACCUAUGAUCAGUCAUAUGCCCUCGGCACCAGCCAUACCCACUAGAGCAAACAUGGAAGGGGGAGUAUUGGAUCUAUCGCUGGUAGAUAAGGACAGUGUAGCAUUACUGCUAUAUACUUACAAACCUACACCUAUCAACAGUAAUACACCCGCUCAUCCCUCACCCUUACCUUCUACAUCCACAUCCACAAAUGCACCUUCUUCUCAGGUCUUAUUAAAUUACGCUGCCCUGCCGUGGGAUGCGAAACUGGGCGAUUACCUUGAGAUCCGCCAGAUACACAGAAGGCAGACUCAACAGCCUUUACGUAUCCAAGUUCCCGAGGGUGAAUCGUACAUCAAGAAGAAGAAGGACAAUGUCAGUCCAGCGAUGAACGGUGUGAAAACUGGCAAAGGAAGGGAUGGAUAUGUCUUUAGAUUGGGAGAAGAUGUACCGACUGCUAGCGCUCAUCAGGUCCAAGUCCCGGACUCAGUAGCUACUGCUUUUGGGUUUCAUCAGCGGUUGGAGGUAGAAGUUAGAAGGAUAACGGAUAAAGAAUCAGCACAUACCGAUUAUGUCGAAUUUUACUUUUCGCAAUAUCUAGGUAGAGCAGAUAUGUGGAGGCUUGGUAUGUCUUUGGAGGGAAUGACAUUACAUGUAGGAGAAAAAGUAUCGCUAGCAGGGGGAGCCGUAAGAGCAGAAGUGAACUUCAUCAUCAGGAGCGAGAAAGAUCCUAAAACUGGUAAACAGAGAGAUAAAAGGUAUUCAAGUGGUAUUGCUACCGCCAAAACGAAAACGAUCUUUAGAAGCAAGAGUUCUCAAGUUUAUCUGUUUAUUCAAUUAUGCGAGGAGACAUGGGAAUUCGAUGAGGACGGCGAAAGAUAUAUCGAGAAAGUCGUGCAUGGUUAUUUGCCCGACUUAUUCGCUAGAUGGUCAGAGAAAGGAACCUCUCAUGUCGUCACAAUAAUCUUCUUCGCUAGGAUAUACUAUGAUGAAGAGGAUGUAGCGUACCUGGAAAAACACGACUUGGCAGGUAGUUUGAUCAAAGAUUUUUCAGGAAGACCAUGUAAAGACUUCUUCAAGGUUGCGGUGGAUCUAGAACGGAGGAGUGACUGGACACAAGCUUUGCCUGAGAUCAAGAAACAGUUAGAAAGAAGUGAAAAAGAGUUGCUAUUGGAUUAUCAUUUCCAGUUGAUGGGUGGGAAGUCAUAUACAGGUGAUAAGGUUAAGAUCGUUGGCAGAUGGAGUUUUGCGUACGAAGGAAACGCUUUAGAAGCUAUCAACCUUGCGCUGAACCCUUUCGAUGAACACCAUGUGGAUAGGGAUUUAUCUCGUACUGGUCUAUCAAUAACGAUUGUAACUCCCGGAACAGGCCAUUUUGCCGUUGAUAAAAAUCUUCUUCGGCUGACGACCGAACGGAUGGUCGAUCAUGGGAUGAGCGUGGAUUUCGUCUGCUUGACCAAAAUGCCAUUGCACAGCGUACCCCUGUUCAGCUAUGUUUCGCACCGUCCUAAAGGACCAGUAUCCGAGGAGAACACAUUAAGCGGCAAACAUAGACCGAUCACACCUGAUUUGCUAUAUUUUGAUGCCCAUAUGUCACAUAUCAAGAAUACGGAAUUGGCAGAUUGUUACUCACUACCAUCCUGGGUCAGCGCAUCAUUCUACGCUGUAACACACGAUAAGCCAUUUCGACCUGACCGAUUCAUCCCCCGAUGUAAGAUGUACGAAAUUCAAAUGCUUGGUAUCCUUGAUCAUAACCUUACGACGGUUAUUGUACCUUACCUUGAUAUCGAGGAUAUGCCGAUGCCUCGUCGGCCUCUCUCUCUCGAAGAUAGGAAGGUAGUACGGGACGAUUUCGAUCAGUCCAUAUUUGGUAGCGGACAAGUCGAACAACCAAUCAGUAAGAUGAACUCUCCUCAACUUGGUUCUACGCCAGCAAGUAUUCCAGCAAGUUAUCAAUCUGCCAGACUGUUAGCCGAAAAAGAGAAGCAUGAAAGAUCUAAUUCUUUGGCAUCUACAACUCGACCGAAGUCUAUUGGAGGGUUUGCGAAUGGGUCAAAACUGUCACCGAUCAAAGCCAUGAUUGAAAUGGAGGAUUCGCACCCUUUAGGAAAGAAGCGCACAGAAUUGCGAAGCGCUUCCCCAGCACCAUCUACGCUAAGCUUGAGAAGGGGUCUUAGAUCAGACUCACCUGCCAGAGCCGCUACGAACAUCGCGCCUCCUACUCCACCAGUACAUACCUCUUCGCCCCUCCUGGUUGCUAGUCGAGGAUCAUCGCCAAUAGCUACCACCCGCUCAGCCUCGCCUUUACCGCCACCUAUCAGCGAUUUACCUGUAGAUCAUGACAGUAGUCAUUCGCCUUUGACCAGAACUCGCGAUUCAUCACCCUCUCGAGCAUCGGUCAUCUCACUUGAACAGAAUGGCUCCGGGGCUUCUACGCCGAAACUUACCCCUGCUAAAAAGCUCAAUACGAAAAGCAGUAAAAGCUCUUUCGCCAGUAGGUUUGGAGCGAGCUGGCUAUUCGGUGGUUUAACUUCUACGAGAUCUCAACCGAGUUAUGCCGCACCCGCUAUGGAGACUAUAGGCAGAACGGAUGUGUCCUCGGUCACAGGUAAUCGGCCUCACUCGCCUGUUCCUUCGAAUACAUCCAAAACUAAAACAUCGGACACCGGAUCAAGAUCGAGAUCAGGUAAUGGUUCUGUUCCGCCUAGACCCAAGAUGCCUAAUCCAGAUACCAUGAUCACACCCAGUACACCAUCCCCUUCUAAGGAUAAGACCCACAGCAUUGUUACGCCCGUUACUCAACCAUUGCCAAUUGCCACUGGUACAACAUCGCGCCUACGUCGUUCUCAAACAGUCGAGGAAGAUCCUAUAUCAAGAUCAUUGAGGAACUCUAAAGGAUUACCGCCAAGUGGUCAAUCAGGUCAGGGGUUAAGUAAAUCUCAUGAAGAUCUAUCUUGGCGAAAUAGGAACAAUGCAUUGGUACAAUCAUCAAGGCAUUUCACUGUCAACCCAUGCAAACCUUCUGCGGAGACGAUUGAUCGGAUCAGAGAUGCUGGUGGUCGAAGAUGGAGAUUUGUCUUGCCCAAACAAGCUCAACAACAUAUCGUCCAAUGGCCCUCUCUCUUGGCUCCUGCUUGUCUACCACUCACCACGGACUUCUUGCCGACGCAGAAACAGAGUGAUGAAUUGUAUAAUACGGGUACUUAUACGGUACAGUGUUAUUUGGAAGAUGGGGCGUUCUUAAUCAGGAGCGAUGCGGCUCAGGAGAAUCUGCCGUUGGCUAUGAUGAGGGAGAUGGUCUCGCAGAGAUUGUCCCAAAACUUCCAAGUCAUAGUAUUACCGCAUGACCUCAAUGAACCGGGGGUGGUCCGACCUAUGCCAAUCCAUCUGGAGAAAGACGCAGAUAUCGGUGUAGAAUUAGUCUCAGGUGGUGCGUCAGAAGUACUGAAAAAUGGUAGAGGUGCGAUAUGGAUGUCAUGGGCCAAUCAUAUACAUCGAUUAUUGUUCCAUCCUACAAGACAGGAGAUCAUCGUUCAUUGGAUGACCAGGAAGGUGUCCCACUCGACUGAUUCGGUAAAGUAUAGGUGUUUGGUUUGGCCGGUCGGGAUGAAAGGGUAUCAGCCUGCUGAGGCGACUUUCAACUAUCCUGAUGUAAAUACCAAAAUCAACUAUAACCACCUAGACCAUCUGAUCAAUGGCGAACGACGUACCCUUGAUCCACUAAGAUAUUGGCGAACAAGGUUCAUCCUCAUCCCCUCAGGCAAAGAGAUCGUUUCUUUCCCAGGCUUAGUACCUCAAAACGAACAUCUGAAUCAGACCGACCUGUUGUGGUUGGGUGCCCAAAAAGUUAUUGAAACGCUCAAUCGAUACUUGCUCAAAUCUCAGAAUGGGACACCACAACAGCCUCUUAGAAUAGUUACGACGACUUUCGAUCCUUCCACUUGUGUGUUGGAUGAAGAGUUGAUGAUGGAUUUGGAAAGACAAAUAAGCAAUAAGGAGAAACCUACGAAUAUAAAUUCGGAUCAUAAACGUUUGGAAGGGAUGACGCUUGCGAAUGUUGCGGAGUUGAUGUGCCAGCCUGGUAAUGGGUUGAUCAUCCGGACUAGAUGGUGGGAAGCUCGACAACAUGUCCAAUCCUUCACGGGAGCCCAGUUCUGCGAGUGGCUGCAAAAUUCCUUUGAGGAUGUGACGAGUCGUGAGAAGGCUGCUGAAUGGGCUGAAUCAUUAUUGGAGAAAGGUCUUAUAGAACACGUUACUAAUUCUCACGGUUUCCUUGAUUACUGGCAUCUAUAUUACCGACUACGAGAACCGUACAAUGCAAUGUCCAAAUCAUCUUCCAAAAACAAAUCAUGGUUCGGUACCACAUCUUCCAAAGCCUCUUCAUCAUCUACAUCGAAAGAACCUAGUCGGGAUGAAACUUCCACUCCGAUCAAUGGCGAUGCCAAUAAUGGAAUUUUGACGGCAUCCAACUCGAAUAACACCUUGUUGUCAACGGCCAACCCAGCACAGGUUCAGGCUUCUUUGCCUUCUACUACGCCUCCUGGGGCCCGAGCUUUACUGGCUAAGAUGUAUGAAGGGCCUCAAGCUAGAUCGUCCAUCACAUCUUCGACUAGUGGUAGACCAGGUAGGAAAAGAAAAGUCAAAAUGUCGCAAACGAGAGUACUGGAUUUAGAUCCGAACAAAAAGAGUGAUAGAGCGGAGGUGGCGAUUCUGCAUGCUGAUGUAGUCCACAAUGCUAGGAAUGCCUUCCACUUCGAGCUCAACUGGCUAGGUGUAACCGCGGCGUUACUCGAAGAGCUCCGUCAAAAACUAUCCGCUCAAGCUGAACGAUACGGCCUACGAUUCGUCGAAACUCCCGUUGAACAACUGAGUGAUAUCCCCUUAAAAUGCGCAUAUCGUACUGCCAUACCUAUCCCUUUGGCUGUCCCUCCACCAGUCGUUACCGACCUGCACGAAAGGCUGCUUUCGAUCGGUCAUGGGACGGGUCAAGUAGAGAAUUAUUUCGAAUAUUGCAUAUUAACAAAAAAAUUCGGAUUUGUUCUCGAUGUGGAAGCGUCAGAUAGAUAUCCUGAGAAUAUCGACGUUGAAUAUUCAUAUCGAAAGAGUAGAUUCGAUUAUUCACAGUUCGUCCAUAAAUCCGGAUUAGCCCUCAUACAAUGUUUAUCCGAUUCGGAAGGUUUCCUUUGGUCCGAUAAUCGAUUGAUACUCUCUUCAAACUCUUUUUCGGUAUUUGGUGAUCGGCUCAGUACAGUCAAUUCAAGAAGAAAAAAUUCAAUCUUACAUACAAAUACAAGUACGAACCAUACCACCGGUGGUGGUGGAAGUGAUGGAAGGAUGGAACAGGUCAAACAACUUAGAAAGGAAUUAGAAGAUUUCUGUAAUGAUAAAGAAUUGUUACAGAGGUUUUACGAAGAGAUGAUUCCUCCUUUACCUGGUGAUGGGGAAGACUCAAGUGAAGAUGAUAUGGUUGAACCUACCAGGUUGGAUAGUGGUAGUAGAGACGAAAUCGAGAUAAUUGUGAAUGAUGAAGAGGAAGAUCAAGACAAAGAUGGUGAAGCACAGAUUAAGGAGGAACAUGGGGCCAAGAAUAAAGUCAACUUGGCGUUGGAGUUUGACGACGACGACGGCGGUAAACAGCCUAGUGGGUUUACUCAACAUGCAGAUCAUGAAAAGAAGGAGAAUGCUAGAACAAGGAUGGAGAAAGAGAUCAAAGAGGUUAUACAAGAAUUAUAA